AGAUAUUUGUAUAUUUUUAGUUUUUUUAAAUGUGAACAAAAAUUUUUAAGUGUGAGUUGACUUUUAGUUUGACAAAAAUAUGAAACCAUCGGCGAAAAUUUUUUAUACCUACUUGAGUCAAAGACUGCCAGAUGAUCGACCAAUUACUGCCAUACAGAUUGUAGAACAUACAGAAAAAUGCCCGGAAGGAUUUGUAGCCAUUAGUCGGACACAUGAUCAAGAUCAAGAUGCUGAUCUAUGGCGUGAACAUUCAUUAUUUAUGCGAAAGCAAGGACGUUAUUUAUGUUUAUCAAAGACUGAAGGAUUACCAAAUUAUGUAGUCCAAGAAAUUGCCAUAUUAGGUGAUAAAGAAUUACCACCUGAAGGAUUUAGUUUAUUACAUCGUACAGCUGAUUCAGAACAGAAAGCAUGGAGGAAGCGACAGAUUGUAUAUAGAUUAACACAUAUUAAAAAUACAACACAAGCCAUUACUGAUAUUAUUGUAUGUAGUCGAUUAAAACAAGCACCAACUGGUUUCACAUUAGCGGGAGAAAUCAAUGGCGUCACCGUAUGCUACAAAAUGGGUCCAUUAAAUAAUCCUGAUCGAAAUGAAAUUACAAAUAAUAUAGUGAAUGGAAAUGGUAUAAAAAAUGGUGGUUCGCCGUUUAUGGGUUCACGUGCCCCACCAGAGCUACCACCAAAACCAUUUACUAAAAAAUCAUCACCAAAUACCACAUAUCCUGUAUUGGAUGAUACCGGCGGUGGAGAUGAUGAUUACGAACGUUUAAAUCCGUCUUACUUGCAACCAUCGAGACCUGCACCAAAACCUCCAGCACCACAACCUCCACGAACUGCUGUAGUUAAUGGAUUUAGUACAUUAUCGAUUUAUAAUAGUUUAGAAGGUGUUCCAUUUGUAUUGAAUCCAAAAUUAGUACAAAAUGGAUCGUCUAUAUUAAGCAAAUUUCAGAUUCCUCCACAGAAACCACGCUCAAUGAUGGAAAUAGAAAAAGAUUAUGCAUACGAUUUUAAUGUUGAAAGACAAACAUGAAACGAAUCUAAUUAUCUAGCAUUUUUUAAAUUAUAUAUUCAAAAAUUAACGACUAAAU